CGCUUCAUUACUAGAGCUCCAUUGCUAGACUAAAUAAUAUAUUUCCUUUCUCCUUUACGGAACUUUAACGUGUUUCCUUAAACGCGUCAUCUCUUACUGUGCAAGCCUGCAAAAGCUGUCUGGAGCACGAAACGAUAAAUAAGACAAUUCCCUGGUUACGAAAGGAAUGAAUGAAUCUCAUUCUGUACCUGUAUCUCCAAAGAUAGGAGAAAAUAUACAAACCUCUCCUAGGUAUCCUUUGGCAGUUGAAGAAAAAGAUCACUCUUCACGGGCUAAGCGUACCUUAUGCAGAAACAUUUUGCUAUAUGGGAGUUGCAAGUAUUCUGAAAGUGGUUGUAUGUUCCGUCACGACAAUUCAUUUUUACCAAAAAGCAGUACCCCAGAGCCUCCCUUUGCUAGAAAAAAGCUGAAUGCUACUUCUGCAUCAUUUCAACCUAAAUCAUCGCUUUCGGCAAAAGCUGCUGGUGCUGCUGUUUUCAUCCCCAAAUCCCAAGAGCCUCCUAUGUUUCUUUCUCGUGACCGCACUCCUUUAGCUAUUCCUUCUUCUAAAAAUACUAUAAAUCCAUAUGCAAACUCAGGAAUCCUGGGGGCAGAUGGGAUGUAUUCGAAUGAUGCAGGGUUAUAUUAUUCUCAGCAAAAUCAGUUUAAAUUAACGCGUUUUCAUCUUUACAAUCCUCAACCGUCUACCUUACCUACUCUUCGUCCUUAUGAAAGAAAUGUGAAUAAUUUAUUUAUAGAAGACGACAUUAGAGAAGAAAUUGAGCGGAAUAGCGAAGCUUCUCGUCAAACUUUGCAUGCAUUACCGUCUAUUGUUUCCGAUUACACAUCCUUGUCUCCUUUAAACAAAAAGCUAUAUCGCUAUAAAGAAGAUUUAGGGUUUAAUGUUUGGACAUAUCAAGCUACUUCUACGAUUGAUAAAAACACUUAUGUUUUAAGAAGGUUACAAGAUUGUCCCAAUCCUGUGAAUCCAAAAUCCGUUGAGACCUUGAAACGUAUAUUUCAUCCGAAUAUCGUUACCUUUUACAAUGCUUUCAAUUCUGAUACUUUUAAUGAUCAAUCUUUAAUACUUGUGUAUGAUUAUCAUCCGCGAUGCUCAACCUUAACAGAACUGUACUUUGAAGGUGCUUCCACGAUUGAAAAAUCUCAUACCGACCAUGCUAUGCCAGAUGAAAAAGAAUUAUGGAACUAUAUGUUUCAAAUGGCCAUCGCAAUAUCUCACUUACACAAAAAUGGGUUGGCUUGUAACAACCUAUCUCCUUCAAGGAUACUCGUAAACCAUAAUGGAAGAAUCCGCAUUAAUAGCUGUGCUGAUUAUGAACUGGCGGUACCGAUUAAACCUUCCCUUGAAAGUCGACAACAACAAGACCUAAAAGAUUUUGGACGUAUUAUAGCCAACUUAGCUACUGGAAGUUUAGACGGUGAUAUGUCCAAGGCUGCUCGGCAUAUUAACCAUACCUAUUCGCGUGAUUUUUACAAGGCAGUAUUAUUUUUCAUCUCUGAAGACAUUGUGAAGAAAGACAUUGAUAUUUUUCUAAAAGAUUAUGCUGUUCAUUUUCUUUCAAUAAUGGAUGCCUCCUACCGAGAAAAUGCUGCAAUGGAAAGAAGAUUAUCACAAACUUUGCAACAUAAGCGUUUCUUCCAAAUAUUGGUUAAACUUAUGUAUAUCACCGAUUGCAAUGACCGUUUAGCUGUAUUGCCAGGAUUUCGUGAUCGCAAAAUUUAUUUGUUACAUUUGUUGCGGGAUUAUUUAUUCCAUCAAGUUGAUGAGGAUCAAUGUCCUCUUAUUGAUUUAUGGCAGGUCCUGACUGCGUUGGGAAAGUUGGAUGCUGGAAUCAAUCAGUCUAUAGCUCUAAUUUCUAGAGAUGAAUUAGACUGUGCUUCAGUUACUUACUCAGAGCUGAAAGCCUGGCUAAACGAUGUGUUUGAGUUAGAUAUUAACCUCUAAAGCAUGUACAUAUGUGGGCUAAAAAUUUUGUGGUUAUGAUAGACAAAGUGAUAAUUCUCUAGAAGUUUUGUAUAAUAGACAAAUUUAUUAAGUUUGAAGUCAGAUAUGCGAUAGUGGUGUAGCAGGAAAGCUCAGCUACCAUGUACUGUGAAAGGUAAC